AUGAAUGAGUUCUUGGUUCAAAGGACCUUGUAUCGCUUGAUAUAAAAGUUGGAGAGAUGUUGUUGGACAAGCGCUCAAAAAACUAGGUGUACUGAAUGGUAAUUUAGGUAGUCGUUUUAAAGAAAAACCACAUGAAUGGGCAAAAUAACAACGUUAAUUGAAAAUGUGAGUGAUAUUGCGGAAGUACCCGCACGAGCCAGCUCGUGACGAUAUGCCUCAGAAACCAUCGAUCAGGCCCGCACUUGGAGCACCAGGGAUCAUAAAACAGACAUUAAUAUUAAUACUUGGUUAAUGUUUGCUGAAACUAACUGUAUUUUGCUCUAUUUACGUCUUGCCACGUGAAAGUAUGUCAUUAUGGUAGCAACUUCUACGGAAGCCAACAUCUGGUGGUGGCAGACUGGUGCACAAUGCCGCCUCGGUCCGGUCCUGGGUCCGAUAACCGUGACUAAUUGUCCGGAGCUAUCAGCGAUGCGGGCCGGCGUUGUCUUGCGGUGGAAAAAUAUCGAUCGCAGCACACACCUGUUCGGAAUCGUUCGACGGUGCACACAAUGGGGCGCGCACCUGCCCACUAGCUCGCGCGCCGCCGCUCCGCGCGCACACACGCACUCGACGCCGACGCGACACCAUGCGCGCGGGGGGGCGCCGCUGACCGCCGCGACGUCACGCCGGCCGCGCCGUCGCCGAUCGAUUCCCUUCGGACAUCUUGGACAACACCGUCCACCACCUUCUUUUUUCUCAGGGCGAGCGAUGUAGUAGGCCGCGAUGCAUAUAACGUCAAGCCUGUCUCCGGCGUCCGGCGAGAUGCUGGACACGGCGUCGCUCAACUUUUACGGAGAUGCAGGAGACCAGUAUGGGACGACGUACUUUGCUGUGGACCACACGGUCCCGGAGUCGUCCCACACAGUGGAGAUAGAGUAUGUGUACGAGCAGCCAGACACGUAUGCCAUUAACCAAGAAGAUACAGAAACAGAUGUGCCUCAGAGUGAACAAGUCGUCGCGGCUGAUCAAGUUGAAUACUCUAAAAAGAUACACAGCAAACACAAGCCUAACAAGAUGGUAGUAGACGAGGAGCCGGAGGCUGACCUCACGAAUUUGACGUGGCUGCAGAAUAUUACGAACAUAAUGUCGGUGCCGCAGUUUCCGAUCCCUCCAGUGUCGCCGGCUCCGCAGGUGAAGGUGCAGCCGCAGAACACGAGGCUGCAGAAGUUUAACCAGACGAUAGCGAAGUGUCAGAAAGACUUUACGGAGAACAAGCACGAGUAUAGGACGAACAGUGAGAAGAAGCCGCCGUACUCGUACAGCACGCUGAUCUGCAUGGCCAUGAGGUACAACAACGACAAGAUGACGCUCUCCGCGAUAUACUCGUGGAUCAGGGACAACUUCAAGUACUACAGGAACGCCGACCCCACCUGGCAGAAUUCCAUCAGACACAACCUGUCUCUAAACAAAGUGUUUGUGAAAGUAGCUCGAUCAAAACACGAGCCGGGGAAAGGAGGCUUCUGGAAACUCGAUCUCGCACAUUUAGAAGGAACCAAACGAAUCUCAAAUAGACCUCAUAAGAAGAAGAAAUCAGCGUCCAAAGAAAAAGUCACAGAGGAAAAAACUGCAGUCGCCAAUAUUCCGCAGGUCAAUGCGGUAGAAGAAAUGUCGAAUGAAAUAAAUCAGGCUGUGAUGCUGCACUUGCCUGAUUUCAAUAUUGGGAGCAUUCAGAGUCUUCCUGACAUUGAUUUGGAGACGAAUAUAGGAGCUAAUGUGAUUGUGGAGCCGGCUGUACCACCUCCUUUGAUGCCCGAAGAUGACCUCUCGUCCUUACUCCUCAACCCUACAGAGUGGAACGACCUGCAGCUAGACAUGUUGGAUAAUUACCUGGACUCAUGUUUCGAGUAAGUUUUUAAGCAUUUGUUGUUAGUCGUAUCCGUUCCAAAUCGAUGUUAGUGAGUGUACAGUUUCGUUUUACUAGUUGAUGAUAAUUAAUUAUUUAAUUUGUGACGUUUAAUUUUUACGGUCUAAAAAUUGGUGUAUUUCGUAGUUGUCCGAUUUUCUAUAGUGACUGCGACAUGAACUGUUUGUGCUUUUCCCGGGAAACUAAUCUUUUUAGUGUGCCUUUAUGAAAUUAAUGAUAGAAAAAUAGUAGAAUUUAUGAAAGCCGUCCUUAAAAUAAGAAUAAAGAAAAAUAUUAUACAUUGCUAUAGGAUAAAAAGAAAAUCGUUUACAAACGUUGCGUCGUCGUCGGAAUUUUGAGGUAACAGACAGUCAAACACUUAUAAUAAUAAUCUCGUAUGCGUAUCCUAUCAACUUGAUGUGAAUAAAUUUUUACAUUUAUUUCAUUUUGUACAAGAUACAUAAUAUAGUCUAGUCAACAAAAGGCUUUUGCGAAAGAUUAGGUAGGAAUUUUAAUGUUGAAUUUGUUUUAUACGUAAGAAUGUAGGGAGAUCCGUGUUUAAGAACACUAUUUAAAGUUUCAAUUGAACGUGUUUAAAAAAGUCAAUAGGUUAUAGAUUUUUAUUAUUUAAACAUAUCACUAUGUCGUACAAAACGCCAGAAUCGUUAUACUGAACAGAGAUAGAAUGAAAUGGUGUUAUUUAGGUUUUUUUUGUAAUAAUUGUAUUUAAGGCACAAUUUAUUAAACGAAGCCGUCCUAUAAUUACUUUAAAAACAGAAUAUCUCUAAAUACAGGUACAAAUACCUAAAUUAUAUAAAUUUAUCAUUGCUGUCCGGAUAAAAAAUGUCAGAUGUGUUUUUAGACGUUUAAAAUAUGGGCCUUAUUAAAAUAUCAUAAUUAUAAAGGUAUAAAGAAAAAUAACAGUGCCUUCAGUUAAAAUAUGCCUAAUAUUCUUAAUAAAUCUACUGGCCCAAAAAUUAAACGUAAUAAUGUUCAAUAGAACUGUUUCGUUCACAAUAACAAUUAAACCGAGGUAUGAAAUACUUCAAAACGAAUUGUCUCAAAAUUAAUAAUUUUGCUCAAACAAAGCUCAGUUGUUUGCCUAAUAAAUUGGGUUACAAAUAACAUAACAGUAUUAUUAUUAAAAAAAAUAUGCACAAAUAAUUUGUAGCAAUUUAUUUACUUGUUAGAUUGUAAAUCUAUGCGUUAUUUUAGAGUUAACAACUAAGAACAAAUUUUAAAUUUUCCAUUUUUUAAAGUCGGUUAAAAAUAUAGCAAUUAACUGAUUACAUGAAUCGAUGAGUAACUAUGGUAGGUCAUUAAUAUUGAUCAGCAGUCAGUGGGUUAGUCAUAAAAAUAUCGAUUAUUCUUACAUGAGGACGUUUUAAAGCCAUUUGUGCAAUAUCUGUCUGAAGGACAAGAAAAACAUAU